GAAUGACAGCAGUUAUUCCGCACCCAACGUCACACUAGCGCUAUCUAUCCGCUCUUCUUAUAUCAUGUUUCGAAAUAUGUGGAAGAACCUCAAAGAAUCGAUAAGAUCUAAUUAUCAAUUGGAGUGGUCAGUUAUUUCUUUUUCACACAUAUAUCAUAGACCUAUCCCCGCCCCGCUCUAAUUGCGUUAGUCGCAAGUUAACUGCAUCGAAGAUAGGAUGGCACGUCAAGCUUGCGGAUUUGUUAUUUUCCGUCGAAUUCAGGGGGUCAUCGAGUACCUGUUAUUGCAAACUUCGUACGGCCAGCAUCAUUGGACACCGCCGAAAGGUCAUGUAGACCCCGGCGAAACGAAAAUGGAGACAGCGCUCCGUGAAACCGAAGAGGAAGCAGGCUUGCUAGCUGCGGAUUUAAAAAUUUAUGAAGACUCAAAACUAGAAAUAAAUUAUCUAGUGAAAGAGAAACCAAAGAAUGUCACUUACUGGCUAGCGGAGCUGAUAAACCGCGACAAAACUGUUACAUUGUCCGAUGAACAUCAAGCAUUUAAAUGGUUACAAUUGGAAGAAGCAUGUACAACAUCUCACUACGAAGAAAUGCAGUCGGUGUUGAGAAACUGCAAUGAUUACAUACUGAAAAAUCUGUCCUAACGUAAUCAACCUUAAAAACAUUUGUUACUCUUUGAUUACAUAUUUAUUCAUAUACGCCUCAA